AUAAUUUCUUUUCCCGUUAUAUUUUUUAAUAAUUGAAGUUCUAAAAAUAAGAUGCCUAAAAAAAUAAUCAACAAAGCGUGUCAGUUGGGAAGUACAUUAUUAGGUGGGAAGCGGUGGGGUCAAUCAAACGGUGUAAUGGAACAGCUACAAGUUUUAGCCAAAAGUAAGGAGGUAGCUGAACGUUCAUUGAAACUACGCAAUAUGAGAAUGAUGCGAGUAGACUUCCAUUCCCCACUAAAAACAUAUGAACAUUCACGUUUAGAUAGUGAGUAUAUGAAGAUACCGGAUAUGUCGAAAAAAGUUCCAGAAACAAGGACUCAUAUUACUAUGCGCGAAGCUAGGAAUGCAAUGAAAAUAAUGCAUUGCAAUGCAAAUCGGCGUAAACGUAAAUGUUCACCUACUUCCAGCAAAACUGUGGUCAAGAAAGUUUUAAAAGCUUCCGAGCCUCCAGCGAAAGAGUUUUAUGUUAAUUUGAACAGAAUGGAUGAUAUACAUCCGAGAAAGAGCAAUGUAGGUAGCACAACAUCAUUAGCGGCUUGUGUUAAAACCAAUACGAAAUCUUUGGAGAAUAUAUAUCCAAUACCAGAUCACAUUCCUUCAGGAUCUGUCAACAAAACGUUAUGUAGAAAAUAUACAGCAGGUGUAAACAGUAUGGAAGCAACGAAAAGUAUCAAUUAUCCAAUGAAUGAAUACAUUUCGAAAUAUAACAAAUCUGAUGAUUUACCUUUGUUGAUAGAUCAAUUUCGAAUUAGUUGGAUUGAAAAGAGUAAAAAGAUGCAAAGAAAAAAUGAUUUUACAAAGCCUUCAGUGCCAAAUAUAUCACCAACUAAAGCUGUUAGGCUUUCAGUGCCAAAUAUAUCACAAAAUAAAGCUUUUAAGCUUUCAGUGCCAAAUAUAUCGCCAACUAAAGCUGUUAAUCCAACGAUUAAAACGGAAGCACAAAGUUCCAAAAAGGUGAAACAACUUGCAGAUGAGGAGGACUCUGCUGAUGAUGAGGAAAUAAUUGAAGUUGAAGUUGACAAAAAGAAAGGAAACGAUUUAAUGGCAAAAUAUAUGGGAAAACAUUGCAAACAAUUGCAAAUGAGAUACCCUUUCACAUCUGCAACGGCUAAAGCCCAACAGGAAAAUCAGACAAGGAAUUAUUUAGCGACUCCUUUUAUUGGAAAAUGUCAAUUUAUAACAACCAAUAAAAGUCAAAAACCAAUUAAUUGCCGAUGUCACCACUGUUGUCUGAUGGAAAAACUAAAGCGUAACGAUUCAGGUCGUUGAAUUUCGAUGCCAUUAAAACUAAUGGAUAUAUGACUUGACUUUAUAAUAUUGCUCUGCAUAUAUAGCACAUUCUAGCAAAGUGCAAAGAUGUCAGCAAGUUUGUAUGUAGAAAUUUUUGCAGUCCUGUAGAAAAUCGUCGGAAAUUGUGCCGUCCUCAUUGGAGGGUCCGAACGGUAUGAUCUUUUAUGAAUAUAUAAUUAUUGCAUGGUUCUCUCUAUGUUGUUACAUAUGCCAAAAAUAUGUGAUGAUAGCUAAGCAACAAAUCAUUUGACGAUAUCAUAAGAGCGCAGUGAUCAUUGACAGAUGGAUAUGGAUUGCAUGGUGUGAUUGCUUAUGCAACUUACAAUUCCAGCAGACCAUUUUAACAUUUAUUGAAAACAGACAAAUAUUCAACGAUGAUCUACACCGGAAAAAUAUAUAUCUUAAAUGUAUGUAAGAAAUUUUUCAGAAAUUUGCCGUUUUGAUUAUAUACAUACUUUUAUGGACAUCUUGUGUUUAUGGAGUUAAUUUAAAUGCUCUUGACGAGAUUUCUUAUAACAUGCAAUAGAAAUAAGCGACGGUAUAUUGCUAAGAAUUGGAC